GCGUGUCGGAGAGCGUAGCUUUUCGGCAGCGCGGCUGGAACCCGCUGGAAGAGACAGCAGGCUACUCCAGAGCGGCAGCAGCUGGCGGCGCAAUGGAGAUGCAAUCCUAUUAUGCCAAGCUCUUGGAGGAGUUGAAUGAACAGCGAAAGAGGGACUUUUUCUGUGACUGCAGCAUCAUCGUGGAAGGACGGAUCUUCAAGGCCCACAGGAACAUUUUAUUUGCUAACAGUGGCUACUUCCGAGCCCUGCUCAUUCACUAUAUCCAGGACAGUGGGCGGCAUAGUACCGCCUCCUUGGACAUUGUCACCUCUGAUGCCUUCUCCAUCAUCUUAGAUUUCCUCUAUUCUGGGAAGUUGGAUUUGUGUGGGGAGAACGUGAUUGAAGUGAUGUCGGCUGCCAGCUACUUGCAGAUGAAUGACGUGGUGAACUUCUGCAAGACGUACAUCAGGUCGUCCCUUGAUAUUUGCCGAAAGAUGGAGAAGGAAGCAGCUGUGGCUGCAGCGGUGGCGGCAGCCGCGGCGGCUGCGGCUGCAGCAGCGGCGGCAGCGGCUCAUCAGGUUGACAGUGGCAGCCCCAGUUCAAGCAGGGAAGGGACCUCCUGCGGUACCAAGAGCUUGGUCUCUCCAGCCGAGGGAGAAGAGCGCGUGGACUGCUCAAGAGAGUCCCCUUGUGGUGACUGCGGAGAUGGACACCCCUUGGAACUAGUGGUGAAAGACAGCCAGGGCGGUGGCUCCAUUGACAACGAUCUCUUUACGGUGCCCAAACGGAUAGAGCCCAAGGUGGAAUUUGAUGCUGACGAGGUGGAGGUGGAAGUUGGUGAACCGCUGCAGCAUUUUGCUGCCCCGCUGAGUCUGGCCCACGUGGAGGAGGGCUUGCCCAGCGGUCAAGCCGUCGACUUGGCUUACAGUAACUACCACGUGAAGCAAUUCCUGGAGGUGCUUUUGCGCAACAGUGCCGUCCAGAGCAAAGAUGAUGGGGACCAUCACUUUUCUAGGAGUCUGGAAGGAAGACCGGAGGGUACAGGAGUGGCCAUGGGUUCCAUGAUGGAUGUUCCGACGGAUUGGUAUGGAGAGGACUCAGGUGACGUGCUGGUGGUCCCCAUCAAGCUCCAUAGGUGUCCUUUCUGUCCGUACACCGCCAAACAGAAGGGCAUCCUCAAGCGGCACAUCCGCUCCCACACAGGCGAGCGGCCCUACCCCUGUGAGACCUGCGGCAAGAGGUUCACGCGACAGGAGCACCUGAGGAGCCACGCGCUGAGUGUCCACAGGUCCAAUCGUCCAAUCAUCUGCAAGGGCUGCAGAAGAACCUUCACGAGUCACCUGUCCCAGGGGCUGCGGCGCUUCGGGCUGUGUGACAGCUGCACCUGCAUUACAGACACGCAUGAUGACGACGACGACUUGAUGCCCAUCAACCUCAGCCUGGUGGAGGCUUCGUCUGAAAGCCAGGAAAAGAGUGACACAGACAAUGACUGGCCAAUAUACGUGGAGUCCGGUGAGGAAAACGACCCUGCCGGAGAUGAUCCUGAUGACAGACCACAAAUUCGGCCCAACUUAGCGCACCGAGAGACACUUACGUAGCAAAAAGUGGUGGGAAGAAGUUUUAGAAUUUGCCAGUGCUCAUUCUGCA